AUCUGGAAAAUCAAUUUAGCAAAUUAUACGCGGCUCUUCUGUUCGACAAUUUUGCGACUGUUGCAAACUCGAAUCGCAAGUAAUGGAACGUUCGGAAGGAAUUGGUGUUUUACGGCGUUGUGAUCCGCGUGUGCGUCCUCGCGCACAAGGAGCCGUGAGUCAUCGGCGAGGGAGCGUGCUAGCUCGCUUGCAUCGGGUCUCGCCUCUUUCUGCCAACUCGCACGACACGCCGCGCGUACACGUGCUCGGACGAUAUGCGGCAGUGUAGGGCCGGCGAGCAUCGUCGCACGAGUUCGUCUCGCCUUUUGACCGUCCACGUCGUGGAUUCGUUCCGACGUCGCCCAGUCGGCGAGUCGACGCUCGCCCGGCCAACUGGAGCGUCCUCUUCCAGUUUCGGCUUGGAUCGAGCACCGGUGACGUCGCCUAUCGCCUGUUGCGUAACUCGUUCGGCGUAGUAGUGCGGCGCGUGGGACGAUUCCAAGCUGGUCGAGAUCCGGGAGAUCGGUGCGCGUACCUGUUGCGUUGCUUCGUUGUUGGAAUCGUGGAUUUAUUGGACGGCGAGGAGAAGUGCGCGCGUGUGCGAUUGCCAGUGGUGAUCCCCGACGGAAUAUUCCCGUGCAAUUUCGUUUCGGAAGGAUCCGUUGUGGUAUCGACGUUUGCCUGGACGAUGCCUUGGGAUCGGUAGCAUUUCCACCUGAGUGAAGGGUAAAAAAGGAUCGUGGUUAGACGACGGGUUUUAUAACUCGGAUCGGUGGACUAGAUUUUCGAGUGGAGCGGUCUUUUCGAUCGAUUCUGGUCGAACACCUGUUGCUCCGCGUCCGAAAAUUUCACCGAGACGCGAGAGCUCGGUCCAAUCUUUCUCUUUCGAGAACGAUCCAUCUACCCCUCGUAAACGCAAUUUAUCCUUCGUUAUGUAUCCUAGUGAAAAAUAUCAAGCGCGACGUCGUACAGUCGGUGCUCGAUGAUUCAUUAAAAUUGCACGUGCCGCGGGGAGGGGAGUCGCGGAAGGAAGAGAUUAAACAAAAUGCAGACGAUGAACGUUUGUCUCGCGGCAGGUUCGCGUAUAUCACCGUACGAAACGCGUUUAUCAUUCGCGUUAACUCGGUCGCGUACGAUUAACGCCAUGUUUCUUUCGUAUCGCGCCCCGGCAAAUGUUCGUCCGCGAUCUUUUAUUAUACCUUCGCUCCUUCGUCUCCCGCCCCGCAACUUUCCGAGUCCGCUUUCGAUUCUUAAUUUUAGACAUAUUUCAAAAUAUGUAAUAGCUUCGCGCUAUUCGUUUCUGGCACCGGACCGUCUGAGUAAUAUCGUAAUUUUUGAAAAACGAAAAACCUCGUUUUUAACAAUUGCCGCUUGCCUAAGGUCGACCACAGACCUUCGUUCUAUUCCGCGAUUUUGCGUACGGCAUAGUUUCGUAAAAUCCCGUCUAUUUUUAUUGUUUCGUAAUAUUUCGAAUUAUUUCGACACGGAGGGAGAAACGUGAAGAAAUCCGCGGGCCACUACUCACCGGUUAGUUAUGCAGGUCUAGUUUAUUUCGAGUGGAAAACACUGGUGAACGAUUAAAAUUCCCCGUGUCAACCGUCGCCCGGUGCCCGCAGAGGCAUUCCUCUCACGAACUUUGACGACCAUCUCCCCGCGUAAAAAAGUUGGCGGUUUGUCGGCCAACGGAAAAAUAUCGCGAAGACAAGCGGUUGAUGGGCGGGGAAUGUCGAAACAUCGAAUGGAGGGAGAAAGAAAGAAAGAAAGAAAGAAAGAAAGAAAGAAAGGAAAAAAGAGAGUCGUUUAGCAACGUGUGCCGCGAGAUCGCGCGCGGAAUUGGCGCAAUCCCGUUCCCCGUUUGCACUCGAUGAAAUAUCGGAUAACGAAAAUUCAAGCGGGUCGUAUCGACGCCCGUUCUCUUUCUCGUUUCGCGAGAUUUAAGACUCGGGUAUCGAGCUGGCCGGCGCGGGUGCCUCUCGCGCUCGAGCGUCUAUUUUAAAUCGGCCCACCUAUCGCGUUUUUAAACGCUCUAAACGGUGAUUUACAACCUACGUGCACCCACCUCCCGCGGCUGUUCCCGCUUCCGAAAACACGAUAAAAGCCUAUUUUCGGUCCGGCCAAUGCCGCCACCGUCCCUGCCCUUUUCCAACCAACAAUCUCGCGGCUGACCAUCUCGCUCCUCUCCGACUCUUCUCACCGGGAUGAAAAACCAGGACGACACCCUCGAAAGAAUCGACCAAGGAGGAAAAGCUUCUAUUAUUCUUCGGACGAUUAAGUUUGGAGAAAAUGGCGAGCGACGGUUAUAUUUCGUCGAUUCGAGAAUAAAUGUUUGCUUUGUGUACGCGCGCAUACGUAGACGCGGCUUUGAAGUUGGCGCGUCUUUCGUGCGUGUCAGCAUUUUUGCUUUGAUCAUCGCUAUCUUCGAGGCCCGGCGAGAGAUCGGCGCCGAUCGAGCCGUUCCCCUUACGGGGGAAUCCAAGGAAAGGACCGCUCCGUUUCCUCGGACGUCCCUCGCCUUGGCUAUUCCACCGAUCUUCUCUCUCUCUCUCUCUCUACGUCACCUUGAGGAAUCCUUCGAUUUCACGCUCGCCGAUUGCACAUCGUACGUGUUACGUACGUCUCGUUGAACGAUCGGCCAAUAAUUGCACGGAUUAUUAUGCGCGAUGACACGUGGCAGGUGCUCGGUCACGUGUGAGUCCGACAAGAUGUCGGUCACCCACGCGUGCUGCGCAGUGAGAUCACCUUUAUACUUCGACUUUCUUAGUCACUGGUCUAAGCGUGUCGUCCACGAUCCACGGGCUUUUGAUUCGAACCACGGAAACGCUCGAAACGUUUUCCGGCCAAAAAGCAUCUUUAACGCGCAUAACAUCAUCUGACAUCAUCGCUCUAAGUUGCUGGAGUUGCAACUGCGGCCCAGGACGCGUCCAACUUUUCCGGCGCCGUUUAUUGAAUCGUCCUUGCGGCUUAUAUCGUUCGUUACAUCCGUCCAACCGCGAUUAAUUUACGCGUUUACCAACGUUUCCACGAAUCAGUCCGCGAACUCUUUGGGGAAGAGUUUCGUCUCGUUUCUAUCCUGUCUCGUUGGAAACAAUUCUAUCCACUCCCCUAUCCAAUUUUCCGCACGAUUGUACGAUUUCACGGGGGAGACCAAAUCCGCCCUAAAUGAUGGACGACGUUGUUGCACAGACGACUCGACGAAUGGCUAAAGAUCGAAAUCGCGUGGUGAUUUCGAUGCCCGAAUUGAUUUAUAUCCGAUCUAGUCUCACGAAACGUUUUCCUAUCGGUUAUUGCAUUGGAAAACGCUCCAACGUCAUAGUUUUUCUCGUUAUCCGUGUGCACUACGGACAGAUGUUUUCCGUCGCUUGUUUUUCCACUAAUCGAUGAAAUCUCGAGUACGUGACAUAAAUUUGAAAAAGCUGUCGUUUUAUCACGGAUAAAAAAUAGUUAUUACGCUCGUUCGGUUCGUGUUUUAAGAAACGUGAACUUUUUCAGGGAAUUGUAAAAGAUCUCUGUCAACAGUGGAAACAGCUCGUUAGAAAGCGUUCGUAUAUGCCGUGUGUGAUUCUAGUGUACCCAUGGAAAGGGUAGCCAAUGACAUUUCUGGCAAAUAUCACGGUCGCCCUAACGUAACCUUUUUUUUUUCUUCUCUUUUUUUUACAACGUCUCCCGAAUAUCGCUUAGCGGAACGGUUAUAAGCCAAUGGGCAAACAAAUCGCAACGACAACCUUUUUGUUUUUUCUUUCCUUUCUUUCUUUCUUUCUUUUUUUUUUUCAAGGAUCUUUCGAAAGAAACCGACGACGAAUUUGUUCCUCGCCCGAAUUUUUCCACGUCAUUCCCGACACGGGUAUCCGAGUUGAAACGAAGCGAGGUGAAUCACGAAGCUAGGCUGUUGGCAGAAGUUGGCUUCGAUUUUGCCAGAAGCCAGUAAAAAAGCGUUACACGCGGCCGCGCGUCACGUUCACGGAUAUUUAUUUGUCGGAACGAGGGGGGGAAAGGCGCGUGAAUGGCGGGAUACGAAACGAUCACGCGACAUUCUAUGUGUGUCAAAGCUCUAUAUUUAAUAUUCGAUAUAAGCGAGUCACCAUCGGUCACGGCACGCGGCCCCUGCUAUUUAUUUGGCUUAACCGUCUGUAAAGUAGCGGGAAAUUUAUCCACUAUAAACCGGCAAUAACUCCAGCGCUGGUAAACACUUCGAUAAUUCACUGGACUAUCUUCGGUUGCCUAAAACAAACUACUAAAUUCCGAAGAUCGAUCGGGCGGCCGUGUAUCAAAUGCAAACAAGAACGGCGAUGAUCAUUAACCUGUCACCAAAAUGUUAUACGCCGUCGUUUCCUUCGUUAGGGACCCGUUUCUGAGGGAUCUAUCCUCGCCAAUUUUUUCAAAAAUCUUACACCUUCUCACUUACUCUCUGAACCGAUAAUCUUUCCUCCUCGUAAAACUGCGAUUUCGGAAUUUUCUCGCCAAUCCGAUUCGAUAUCAAGAAUGUUUAAUAAAUACAUCUUCGAACAAUAUUUACAACUCUAAUGCAUACUUUUAUCAAUUAUCUUAUCGUAAGGAAGGAAAUUACGCAUUUUGAUGAACUACGUCCCAAGUGUCGGAUUCACGUGCGUUUACAUUACUUACCAGUGACUCGAAAGAAAUCUUUUUAUCGAUACGAAAAAAAUUAAAACCGACGCAAUCAAUCAAAUUGAUCGAUCAUGCUUGCAAUAAUUGUAAUAAAACUUUACUCCCCUGUGAAUCGCGCGUACGAACGAAACGACGUCAUCGAGCAUCCCCAGCAAACGGACGAUUCCGUGCUCGUUCGCGUAUCUCGAAACCAGACAGACCCAAAAUCUUGGCGUACAACUCCGGCGCAACGAGACAUGCAACGCGACGUCUUUCCUCUUCUCUUUUCAAUACCGUUAUAUACGCUUAUAACGCGACACGCACGUCUCGUAAGAUGUUUAAACGCGUAACGUUUACAUCUCGAUCGUUAUCGCGGGCGAAUAAAAGAGCGUUACACUCGCGCGGCGCGAUCAUAUCGGAGCCGUGGAUCGCGGCUGUACUCGGCCGCGUGUCGUGGUCGUGGUCGUCGCACGGGAAUGCGGCGCGUGGGUGAGGAAAGCACGCGAGGGGUUGGAAUUCCUGGCGAAAGCGUGCCGUGUUCUCCUCGUUUACACGGCUUUUCUGCGCGCGCGUGUGUGUCUCUCUUCGCGAAACCUUUGCGCGUCGGAGAAGAAGAUUUCGCUUUUCCUUUUCUUUUUUUCCCUCUUUCUUUCCAACUCACUCGAGUACAACGAACUCGACGAUGUUUGAUGUCUGCGUCGGUGAUUUUGAUAAGCGGAUUACAUACUGGUGGCACAAAGUGCGAUCCCUGGUGAAAAUGUAAGAGGGAGGAACGUGGGGAGCGAGAUACGUGGAAUGUUUCGUGACGUAUCUUUUUUUUUUUUUUCUUUUGAAUUGGAAUUUGGUGUGGAAAGCGUAGGGGCCGUGGACGAUUUUCAUUAACGCUGGCAUCGCGACAGAAGAAGGCGCGCGUUAAGUAACAGCAUCGGUAGACGCUGAUAAAUUAUUCCGAUUAAAAUAAAUUGAAAGAUAGCCGGGGACGUGCCGCGCGCACGUAGGCGUUCAUUCACUCGCCGAUAAUAUUUUCUAACAUACCGAUUGCGACACAAUCGUCAAUCGGCGGAUUGUUUUCGUCAGCCGCGUAUUUUCUCGAAUCCCCCUCCUCCUCGUCCGUAUCUCCGAACCGAAGCGAAUUCCACGACGUACAUACGUAAACGUGGAAAAAAAAAAAGAAAAAAGAAAACGAAAGCCGUCUCUCCGUUUCUGCUCGGAUGGAACGGAUCUUGCAACGUUUUUCUUCUCGAAACGAAAAAGAAUAAAAAAAGAAAAAAAAACAAAAGAAAAAGGAAGCAGGGAGAUACUUUUUCGACGGAAGGAAGAGGAAAGCGGGGAGGCUCGAUGCGAUAUCACGCUCGGGCUGAAAGCGAAAGGGGGGACCCCUCGACUUUCGAGAAGCCUUUUCUGAAAGCGGAGGCGUCCCGGCUCCGGAGGAAGCGAUCAACGGGGCCAUUAUAUCCCGGGGCAGCGAUAAAUCACCGAGGAAGCGCGUAAAACCGAGCCACGAGCUCUUCUCCAGCCACGAUCAGCUGGCAUUGACAGCGCGCGAGCGGGGAGACGGAGAGGAAGCUGGACGAUUUCAAUCCGCGCGUUAACGGGUUACCAGCGGUUAGCGAACAGUGCGUAUAUCCCUGCCUUCCCUGCCGGACGUGCGUUCCUCGGUGCGUGAGCAGCGCGCGCGUAAUAUCGUCCGUUUCUCUCGAGCCGUGGUCGUCUCGCUCGCUCGCUCGCUCCACCGAUCGCGCGCUAAAUUUAGAGUAUGAUCGACCGGUUGUUCGCGCUAUCGGGACAAAUAACCCGGCGAUAAAGUCGCGCGGCUCGAGAACAGGCUUGAAAACCGACAAGAGCGCACACACACAGAGAGAGAGAGAGAGAGAGAGUGCGUGUGUCAAAUUUGUUCGAUUCGCGAGGCCUCGAAACCCUCUUUCUCGUUCUCUCCUCUUCUCGAGACAACUUGUCCUCCGAGUUUUCCCUCUCGCGCGGUAGUUCAAUCGUUGGAGAAUCGGUGUCGCGUUUCCACGUGGCGAGCACGUGCGACGUCGACGUGUGUGCGUGCGUGCGUGUGUGCGUGUACACGCAUACACGAGCGAGACAACGAUGGGCGCCAAGUGGGAGAGCUCGAGUUAUACCGCUCGAAUUCUUGGAAAAGAGGAGGCCGUUUGCCACGGAAAUCGGUGAGUCGAUGAUCGAUGGAAUUUCGCAACGGAAUACGAAAAAAUUCGGAUGGACGAAUUUGCUCUCGAAUCGUUGGAGGGGGAGAAAGAGCCCUGGUUCCCAUGGAUCGAUGGAUCUUGGAAAAUUGGAUAUUGAAAUGUACGAGAUAUAAGGGGAGGUGACGUCACGUAGACCCGCGACGGUUCAAUCCGCGGCGGAAUUAAGUUUACGAAAGCGAAAUGGUGAGCGAAGGCUGGUCGAAAGUGGUCGAAGGCUCGGUUGAGACGGAACAUGGAACAUGUUUGCGUUGUGUCACGUUCCGACUUGUAAAUCCCGCUGGCAGUCGGCCAUCUCCGUAAUGGAGUAAGUUUCUUUGCGGUUACGACAAAUAAACAUAUCGCGGCUAUUGUGACAGUCGACGUCUUUUCGACGUCCCGAUCCUUUUACACCCGCCUCCUCGAUUUCCACCGGCCCUCCCUCCCUCUCUCCCUCUCGAAACGGGAGAAAGAGAAACGACUUUCGCACGGAAAUUCUUGUACCACCUUGUCGCGAAGCUCGAUAAUUCAAUUAGAAGUCUUAGGCUGUAAGGAUUCCUCGCAUCUGAGAAACCCGACGUGUAUCGUUCUCUCUACUUAGGGCGCGUGAAACGUGACUUACCGAUUAAACACCAACCCGUCAACUGAUUAACCGAGCUCGUCGAUAAUAUUAGAUCCAUCGAGAUAACGAUUUUUUUUUCCGAUUUGAUAUCGCCUUCGUCGCGUUUAAAAAAUUCUUCCGAUUCUUUUUUCUAUUAAUCUGAACAGACACGUUGGAGAUUGAGUAAUUUCGAUUAAAGAAAAUGGGAUGAAUACGGAAAGCCAUAGAAUAGGCGAGAAUCGGAAAAAUUGUUCCUACUCGCAGCAGAAUAUUAUAACGAUAAGCCAAGGAUAAAGCGCUUUCGAGAAUCCGAUUGUAUGCAAAUGCGCGUUAAACGUCCUUUCAAAGCACGCUACGCUUCAAGGGACGGCAACGCUUCACCGAAGCCGGAGAUAACGAGGUUACACGUUGAUAAUCCUUAUCGACGAGGACACCACACUCGAUGCUCGUAGCCUCAGUCGUGGUCUCGGUACCCUGUCGAACGCGCCACGUUGUACGCGUCUCACGUGCUCGCGCCAAAGUGUCUCGUUCGUUUUCCAAAGCGAAUCCCUUCCAGAGUUUUUCGAUUCGUUACCCAUCCGAGUCGUUGCUUCGUUAUUUCGAGAUAAGGUUGAAAAGGAGAAAAAGGAAAAAGAUACUCGGCGUUUUUCCAGCGAUCGCGGUAAAUAACCAGGGGCGAUAAGAUCUUUGAACUUAGGAAAUAAGGAGGGAGGCGAUUAGAGGCGAGGCCGAGGCGAUUGCAGCUGCCAGACGGCAGCUAGGCGGCAGAGUCAAAGUCCGACUCAACGUCGGCUGAGGUUCUCUGUUCGUUCGAUCCAGCGGCCGUUUCAGCCCGCUCUCUACGCGCCGCGGCUUCCAAGUUUCGAUCAGAACCGCUUUCGAACCGCUCGCGAUCGCGGCACUCGACGAUCCGCGUGACGCAUCCAACGAGCACGCGAGCCGGGCUACGAAUUAGACUCGACUCGAGAGGCGAAAGAAUCCGAAAAGGAGCGACGCACGUAACUCGAGCGUGAAGAAUACGAGAAUGGGACGGAUGAUAUCGCUAUGGUCGGUCGAUAGAUGGGAGAAGGCAGAUGUCGUUUAUCUCGGGGCGACAGGUAGCGAUGACACGAACCACCGUACGAUUCGGAACAACGGUGCGCGUAAUGCAAUGCGACGAGCGAAGGUCGGCCGCCGCGGCUUCUGUUCUCUCCGAGCGAAACGCCGCGCUGCUGGAGGACGACCAGCCAGCUCAGCCAGUCGAAAGUCGCGCGCGGAUCGCGACGCGCGACCUGCUUUCCGAUCGAUCGUUUCCACCGCAACAUAACGAGAAAUUCUUUUCUCAAAAAGCUGCCUCGUUCGAAUUCGCGCGCUUACUAAUUAGCUUACUCAGAGGCGAGCGAGGAGGAAGAAAAAUCGAUCGGAGGAGGGAAAAAGCGGUUGAAUUCGGGCGCGUUUCGUCGAUUCCGUUCCACGGCGAAUAGGCAUCACGUGCGUCGCGCAGAUCAUCGCGUCGCGAGCGAGACGACGGCUCGAGGAAGGCUGGCCGACCGUAGUAGAUUCCGUAACCGCAUUAAGUUAAUUCGAUUUGUCGGACAGGGGGAAUCCAACGAGACGCUCGCCCGUUCAGCCGACUAUUGGCCUCAUUCGCUCGUGUUCGGUUUCAGUGUUGUCGCCGGCGAAGGUCGAGCCGCUUCCACCCGCUUUCGUUCCCCGAGACCCAUCGCUCCGCGAAUCGUUCCUCUUAUCUCGAGUUCGUACGGGAGUACGGACCGCGUUUGUUUUCCAACGAUAAGCCUUCCAUUAAACACCGAGGACCGCGGGAGGGGGAGCCGCUUUAUUAGCAACGGCCGGAACGAUUUCACCUUCGAGUCGAGUUGGCCGAGAUCGAUAUAGCCGCGCGUACGCGAGUGGCCGGAGAGGAUGGUUUGGGACGACGGAUUGUCCGUGAAGGAGCUGACCGAGAUGAGGAAGAAAACCCCUCGAUUCCCCUCGCGGGAACGAAAUUUCGCGAUGAGGAGACGGGGAGUGAGGAGGACGUUCUCUUUGAGCCUGGGCGGUCUAACGCCGCUGCCAGGCGCGCAGCUGGAUAUUCACGAAGAGGAACGUGCCAACGACAACUCCACCCACGAUCGAUCCUGCAACAGUGACGUUUGUCAACCAAAGAACUGCACCAGUUGCAAGUGUCCCCGUGAGGCGCACGAUGUGUGCCACGAGGAAUGGGUGUCGGUCAGGUCUCGUUUGGGCCUGAAAGGCGAGGAAUCUUCGUGUCCGGCUACUUUCGACCCUAGGGGGAAAGGCCUCGCCUGGGCUCCUCCUGGUCUACCAGCUCACAAGGUGGAGGAAUACUUUUCCAUGCUACCGGAAAAAUCCGUGCCUAGGUUAGGUACGCCCGGAGAACGAUACAGGGAUCGACAAUUGGCAUUUCAGCUGCCUAAGCAGGACUUAGCCAGAGCUUAUUGUCGCCACUUGAAUCCGAAACAUGCCAGCAGUGCUGACGAUUUUAUGGCGGCAAGGAACGAGAUCGCGUUGGAUAUCGGAAGCGUACAGGAAGUGCUUGAAAGAGAUGUUGAUUGCGGUGCGUGUCACACGCCAUUGAAAUACGGCACCCUUGCCGUAUCUGCGAGCAAAUUGGGUCUUUUAUACCAUCCUGCGUGCUUUCGUUGCACCGAGUGUAAGGAACUUCUCGUCGAUCUUGCUUAUUGCGUACACGACGACACGCUAUUCUGUGAAAGACAUUAUGCCGAACAAUUGAAACCAAGGUGCGCGGCUUGCGACGAGUUGAUUUUCAGUGGCGAGUACACGAAGGCGAUGAGCAAGGAUUGGCACAGCGGCCACUUCUGUUGCUGGCAGUGCGACGAGUCUUUGACCGGGCAACGCUACGUGCUGAGGGACGAGCACCCUUACUGCAUCAAGUGCUACGAGAGCGUAUUCGCGAAUGGGUGCGAGGAGUGCAACAAAAUCAUCGGUAUCGAUUCCAAGGAUUUGUCGUACAAGGAUAAGCAUUGGCACGAGGCCUGUUUCCUGUGCAACAGGUGCAGGGUGUCCUUGGUGGACAAACAGUUCGGUAGCAAGGUGGACAAGAUCUACUGCGGGAAUUGUUACGACGCCCAAUUCGCCAGCCGUUGCGAUGGAUGCGGCGAGAUCUUCCGUGCCGGUACGAAGAAGAUGGAGUACAAGACCAGGCAGUGGCACGAGAAGUGCUUCUGCUGCGUGGUAUGCAAGAACCCGAUCGGGACUAAGAGCUUCAUCCCGCGCGAGCAAGAGAUCUAUUGCGCCGCUUGCUACGAGGACAAGUUUGCCACUCGAUGCGUUAAGUGCAACAAGAUCAUCACCAGCGGUGGGGUAACGUAUAAGAACGAGCCGUGGCACAGAGACUGCUUCACCUGUAGCAACUGUAACAAUUCCCUGGCUGGCCAGCGAUUCACGUCUCGCGACGACAAGCCCUAUUGCGCCGAUUGUUUCGGAGAACUGUUCGCCAAGAGAUGCACCGCCUGCUCCAAACCGAUCACAGGCAUUGGCGGAACUCGCUUCAUCUCUUUCGAGGACAGGCAUUGGCAUAACGACUGUUUCAUCUGCGCGGGUUGCAAGACCUCGUUGGUCGGCCGCGGUUUCAUCACCGACGGCGAAGACAUCAUCUGCCCCGAUUGCGCCAAGAUGAAGCUCAUGUAAACGUCAUUUCCGUGGUGCGAAACAACAUCGAGCGAAGAGGAAACGAACGAGAAGAAAGGGAGAGGGGGGAAGAAGAGAAUUUGAUCAAUGAGAUUCAACGGUGUCCAGCUUGUGUAACGCGAAUAUAUAUAAUAUAUAUCCUCGCUAAGAUUUUUGCCUUCGAAACAAAGAGAGACUCCGCUUCGGGAAAAGAAAGGUAGAAAGUCGAUCAAUCUUGACGAUGAUCGAAUUGAGCUUGUUCACCACCCUUGAAACAAGGAAUAUCGCGAUAAAAAUUAUCGUGUUUCUCUAAUAUUCGAUAUUAUAUUUUCAGGAGAUAUAUAUUAUAUAUUAUACGUGUCCAUAGCAGAGAAAUGCUGUACUUUUUAUCGAGGAGGGAAAAAACGGAAGAAAACAAUCGGAUAUCCUUGUGCGACAAUUUUUUUCGCAUAGAUAAACGAUAGCUCUCUGUUUUUCUCGAUAUUCAGUGUAUCGAGUUUUCGUACGCGGUAUUUUCUCGAAGCGGAGAACGCGAGCUGACACGGGGGUACUUGCUAGCUUCGUAGUUUUUUAGAGGCCUUUUUUAGUCACAUUUGCGAUUCCGAUUAUUCCCGAUUUCUCCCUCGCGCAAAUGAUCGUGAUCGAGGAGAAACCAAGAACCGAGGGUGUUUAAACGGAAUAUCGAACGUAUAAAAUAUUCGCGCGUUGCAGAAACUUCGAAGAAAGUUGCUUAGAAGAAGAAUUCGAGAAUCAAAUCGCCUUAACGUUAUAAUUAAUGUGGUCGAGUGUUGAAAUUAUAUAUAUUUGGAGAAUGGAACGAAGCUACGUACUGUCGUGAUGAUGUUUAACGUUAUUGUUUUUUUUUCUUCUUCUUUUCGCUUUGUACACAAUGAUAGAAAAAAGCGCGACAAGAAUAAACGCGAGGAAAUAAAAAUGAAAAAAAAAA